UGUGGUUGAUCCUAUAAUAAACAAAUUGAAGGAGUCAAAAAGCACAACAACACACAACACAAAAAAAAUAAUUCUGUUUUGAAUACUUUCAUUCUACACAUAUAUGGCUUGGAUGUAUAAACAUAUUCCUACAACAUGCUUCUUUUUGGUCGUGUGUUAUCUAACAAUAAAAGUAGUGCCUAUUCUUGGAGAAAAAGCACCUCACCCUCAGUUUCAGGUGGAACCAAAACCUAACUGCCAGAGCUCAGGUCCAAUAAUUGGAUCGCAAAGAGUUUCAAAUCCUUGUUCUCCAAAUGCUAAUUUGACGAAAACUCCAUCAGCUGGCAAAUCUGUAAACAAGAAUCAAGCUAGAGUUCGUUCAAUGAAUAAGAAACAGAAUCGCCAUCAUUAUCGUUACACUCUUUCUGAUAAUGAAUAUGAUCCUAAUGCUGAUUAUGGAUUGUUUACCGUAAAGAUAAGUCUGGGCUCACCACAACAAUAUUAUAGUUUAAUUGUGGACACUGGUAGCCGUUGGACUUGGGUACGUUGUCGAUUUUGCAGAGAAGGUUGCAUUUCAGAUGAUCCCCCGUAUGAUCCUUCAAAAUCAUUGUGCGAUUAUACAUUAACAAUUCCCUUUAAAGCCUCUUAUGAUGAUACGUCAUUUGCAAACGGCAUUUGGGGAUGUGACAAUCUCACUAUAGAUGAUUUUGGUCCAAUAAUGAACUUUCAAUUUGGUUGUGUCCUUGAAAACUACGAUGGCAAUGGCGAUAAUUUUGUUAAUGCAGCUGGAAUUCUUGGACUUGGCAAAGGAGAAUGGUCAUUGACAUCUCAAAGUGGUGCAUCAAUGCAAGUGUUUAGCUAUUUUGUCCCAGAAAAUGGUGGUGGUGCAGAUCUACAAUUUGGGGAUAAAGCCAGAGAAAAAUCUAACACUUGUACAAAUCAAUUUACACCAAUGGUACAAAGUGACCAUGAAGAGAAAUACUAUAUUGAUUUAGUUGGUGUAAGUGUAGAUGGAAACGAACUCAAUGUUCCAUCGACUGAAUUCAUGUCUCGAGGGACAAUUAUAGACAGUGGAACGACCAUUACUCGAUUGCCAGAAGUGGUAUACUCUGCAUUUCGUGAUGCUGUUAGACAGUCCAUGUCGAGUUAUACAUUAUUAGACGAAAUCGGUGAGCUAAUGGAUACCUGCUACAGCUUAGAGGGAUUAAUCGAACCAAUCGCGUUUCCAGAGAUUAAAUUCCAUUUUGGGGAAGUGAAUACUAUUGAUGUGAUUUUGACAAAGGAAGGAACAAUAUGGAGGAAAAAUGGUACAGUAAAUUGUUUGGCUUUUGCUGCAGCAGAAAGCUAUAGCAUUAUUGGUAUUGUUCAACAGCGUGGAUUCAAUGUGCUUUAUGAUUUAGAAUGGAAAACAAUUGGAUUUGGCACUAACUGUACAUGAUUACUUGUAUAAUCGUUUUUAAUGGUUCUUCUUGUUGUAGUAUUACCUGUACU